AUGGGGUCCCUGGCCGAGCUCUCAAGCUUCAUCUGCACUGUUUUGUCUCUCUCUCAACAGGUCGCGUUUGUCAAUGAAGAAGUGAGCAAAGUUAUUAAAGAGUCAGUGGAAGCAGCCAUAGGAGGAAAUAGCUACCAGCACAGCAGAGUGAACCAGUGGACCACUGGUGUGGUGGAGCAUUGCCUCACUCAACUCAAGAAGCUGGGAAAGCCUUUCAAGUAUAUUGUGACCUGUAUUAUCAUGCAGAAGAAUGGAGCGGGACUGCAAACAGCCAGCGCCUGCUUCUGGGACAACUCCACAGAUGGAAGCUGUGCAGUGAGAUGGGAGAACAAGUCCAUGUACUGUGUCGUCAGUGUCUUUGGUCUGACCACCUGA